AUGAACGAGACGAUUCUUAGUCUCCAUGAGCCAGUUCUCGGUGAAUACGUUGAAAAGUUUCUUGAGGAGUUUGAAGAAAGAAGGCAGGAAAUAAUAGUUCUAGUUACUAACAUGCCGCAGAAGCACUCAUUUGCAAAUCAUAUCUGUGAAGAGCUAGAAGGAAAAUACACAAAGGACAAAAUCAUAGAACUAGAGGUAGAUAUGCUAAAGUAUGCCUCCAAGGACUAUUUUCUACUAACUAACGCCUGUCUUUACCUAGAAAGGCGAUGGAAUACUGCACUUAUUAAAAGAAUCCUUAAAGAUGCGCUGAACAAUGAAGAAAGCCUAGCUAUACUUCUCUCUCUAAUUACAGAGUCAGCAGAAGAGGAGGUGUGUAGUGACUUCAAUUUAGACCUACAGAUAACUCUACCAGAGAAUUUUGAAGAGGUAAGAAAAGUGCAUGCAAUACUAUCAGAUUUAAGAAGUAGAAAUAUAAUACAGUCUAUUCGGGAUACAUUUACCUCCUACAAAAUUAUUUCAGCAUACAGUGGAAAUGUAUAUUAUACUGUUUGCGAGUUGAAUUCCCUAAUUGAUCUAGAAUCGGUGGUCUUUAAUGACAUUAUUGGAGGAAUUCUUUUAAGUAUAUUGCAUGCAAAGAAAGAUAUUCCCUACUUCUCAAAUAUUCUGAUUAGAGUUAUGAAGAGAAGUAGAAUGCACACUCGAUCGUUCAUUCAGCUGUUGUUAACAGCAUAUAAUCUGAAAGAUGAGAUUUGGGAGAAGCUGCAGGACAUUGUACCACAUCUGUAUGUGCGGCUAGGUUUGGAUAGAAGAAUGGGAGUGUGUCUUCUAUAUACAUUGAAUUUACAGAAUGCUAUAUUGUUAUAUGAAAUACUUAAUGGGCAGGUUCCUAAAAUAGAAGUAUUUGAUAGGUGUACCCAAGGAAGGGAGUCAACUCCAGAUGAUGCAGUGCGCGCAGCAGUAAGAGAUAUCAUAAACAUAUCACAUAAUGAAACUUAUGCCACGCCAGCAAGCGCACAGCACCCAAUGUCCACGCCAGGCAGUAUUUCUAAAAAACCGCCAACUAAGUAUGUAGAAAUAGAAGACAAAGUGCAAUUUUGUGAAUUCUUUAUAAAGGCGACAGCACCGACUAUUACCCAUCUAAACAACAUAUCUAUUGAGUACAUGGAUGUAAUCAAGAACAUGACAGAGCAAGAGAUAGAUCUUCUAGUUGGAGGAGUGCUAGCUCAACAUAGCUCUUUGGUGCAUAAAGAGCUUUUGGUUAACAUGAUAUAUAAUCUAAGAAUAAAAUAG